GAUUUUACCCGCUUUUCUUUUUUUUUUUUCUUUCUUUUUUUUUUUUUUUUUCUUUUGAGAAAUAAAGCCAAACGUGGUCGAUCGCGGCGCAGUGUCUGCAGCGUGCGCGCUCCGCUCUACACUGGAUUUUAAUUUGAUUUUCUUUCCUAAGUUUGCUUCGAGCUCAUGACUAUGCUUCUAGAUAGCGGUCCGCAGUUUGCAUCCUUAGGAGUCGGGGGCUUCGGGACGCCGCGGCAUCACGAAAUCGGGAACAGAGACCCGAGCCUGGGACUGAAUCCCUUCACAGAUUCCUCCCACUCCGCGGCGUUCAAAAUCAGCCCCGUGGCUCACGACAUCGCCGCCAGCCAGACAUCGGCGUUCACCCCGCAGGCCGGUGGAUAUGCGGCUGCCCUGGGACACUCUCACGGGGCGCAGAUGGGCUCAUACGGCGGAGGAGCUUUCAAUUCCACGCGGGACUUUCUAUUCCGGAACCGGAGUGUAGCGGAACCCACAGCGCCGAGCGCGCAGCAUGGAAUCUUUGCUGCAUCGGCUGGGAGCCUCCACGGGCCGCCCGGCAUCAGCGAUAACCCCGGACAUCUGUUGUUUCCAGGACUUCACGACCAGGGGGUGAGCCACAACUCACCGAGUGGACACGUAGUUAACAGCCAAAUGCAUCUUGGCUUACGCGGGGACAUUUUUGGGAGGCCUGAUCCCUACCGUCCGGUCGCGAGUCCUCGGACGGACCCGUACGGGACUCAGCUGCACAACUACAACCACCCGAUCAACAUGAACAUGGGCAUGAACGUGCCGACGCACCACGGUCCGGGGGCCUUCUUCAGAUACAUGAGGCAGCCCAUUAAACAAGAAUUAUCCUGCAAGUGGAUAGACGAGAACCAGAUGAACAGACCCAAAAAGACCUGCGACAGGACUUUCAGCACCAUGCACGAGAUGGUCACCCAUGUGUCCAUGGAGCACGUCGGCGGGCCCGAGCAGAGCAACCACGUCUGCUUCUGGGAGGACUGUCCGCGAGAAGGGAAGUCUUUUAAGGCCAAGUACAAACUGGUCAAUCACAUCCGCGUGCACACGGGCGAGAAGCCGUUCCCGUGCCCGUUCCCGGGAUGUGGAAAAAUAUUUGCCAGAUCGGAGAAUUUGAAAAUCCACAAAAGAACGCACACAGGUGAGAAGCCGUUUAAGUGUGAAUUUGAUGGCUGUGACAGACGCUUCGCCAACAGCAGCGACAGGAAAAAGCACAUGCAUGUGCACACGUCGGACAAACCAUACAUCUGCAAAGUGUGCGACAAGUCCUACACGCACCCCAGCUCUCUCAGGAAACACAUGAAGGUCCACGAGUCUCAAGGAUCUGAAUCCUCUCCAGCAGCAAGUUCUGGAUACGAAUCAUCCACACCGCCUGUUCUGGUUUCAGCCAGCACCGAAGACCCCACAAAAACACCCCCGUCCGCCAUCCAGAACACAUCCGGACACAGUGAAGGACUGGCACCGAACUUUAACGAAUGGUACGUUUGAAGUCAGACGCAAAUCCCGUUCUCGAUGUGGACCACGUGUUGGGAGAGGGUUUGAAGAUAAAAACCUUCAUUAAAAAAAAUAUAAUAACAACAAAUCAACAAAAUCUUUUCAUUUACGCGCUCACAUGCACGCACGUACACAUUGGAUUGAGACAUGAACAGGAGAGCAAAAGGCCACGUCUGUUCUCAGGAUCUCUCUCUCUCACACACACACACACACACACACAUACACACACACACACACACAUACACACACACACACACAAACACAAAAUUUUUGACUUCAAACAAAUCUCGAAUAAAUUUCUAUAAGUAUAAAUAGCUGUUUUUUAUCUUUUAGUUUACAGAUUUCAGAAUAAUAAAAAAUGUUUUAUUUUUCAUUUUAUGUAUUUUCUCAAAUUUUUAUUUAAAAAGGAAUUAAAAGAAGAUUAUUUCACGCUGUUUUAUAUAACGGUGACGCGUCACCUCUUCAAUUGAUUGUUGGAACUUCAAACAGUCUUAAGAAACGUGCCAAAGUCUUUGUCAUGAACUUGAACAGUUAAAAAAAAAACAUAAAUAAAUAUUAUACUCGUGAAUGUAUUUCCUUGUUUGAUGGGGUCGAAUCUGUUGUCAGCAUCCGUUUUCUUUUUUUCAGGUGGAGAAAUGUGGUAUUUGGUUAUACGAUUGUUACCGUUGAAUAUAACGUUGCCUUUUGUUAAUACCGUUGUAAAUACAUAUCCAUGAUGCCAUAUUUAUCAAUUUGUAAUUUAAUUAUGGGUAUAAGUUCUGAAACUUAAAUGAUAUUUAUGGAAAUGUUUUCUAACAAGAACUGUACAGUUUUGGUCAUAACCAGCUUAACGAUAAAAUCUUAUCUCCAACACCAUGAUUGUAUCCUUUUUUGUUUAUUUGUUUCUUUCUUUUUCUUUUUUAAUCAAUAGGCCUACAUGUGUCUUAUUUGGAGUAAAGAAAUCGUCUAUAUGAUUAUUAUGGAUUAUCAAUAUAUACUGCAGAUGUUACAGUCACUUUUAUUUUGUUUAUGAGACCAUUGACAUGUAAACCCUUAGACUUUAUAGACACGAGUUCAGUUGAGCUGAGAAUCUGUAAAACGGUUCUGUUAAUAUCUUUAUUUAUUUCAGUCCAACUUUUUUGUGUGUGUUUUCUUUUUAUAGAAUCAGAGGUAGAUGUCAAAUCCUAGCUUUUUUUUGGGGGGGUAAACAUCAGCCUAUUGCACUCCUACACAGGUCUUAGAGUGUUUGAGGUUCAUGAUCAAAUCAAGGUGACAGCAUUUUGAGAAAUUAAUCAAAUUACACCCAAUUUUUACAUGCGCCUGUUUGGUAACCUUUCGAGUUCCAGCAAUGUCUUUGUGCAAGUAUGUUUAAAUGUGUGUAUCGGCAACAUGAGAACUGUCACAAACACAGUAUCUUCAAAAAUAAAAAAAAAAACAGGUUGGUUUUUUUUUCUGUCUGUCAGCUUGCAUUGUUUUAAAUGUAAUUUUUCUGUGAAUCUAAAUGUGUUCUUUGUUGUGGUGUUUGCGUAUAGAGCAGUUUGCUGACAAAUUUGCUUGUUUUGUGUGAAUAACUUGUCAGAAGAAAAAGGACUUUUUUUGGUUGUUGUGUUAACAAAAUUUUUUUGAGGAAGGAAUCUUAGCUCUAUGGGUUGGGGGAGGAGGGGGGGGGUGCAAAAAAACAAAGUCACAGCAUUGCAUUGUAACCUAUUCUCAAGAAUUAAAAUAUUAUGCAUACACAAAAUAUAUUGUACUCCUAUACGAGAACAAUUUCAGACCACCAGCACUACUUUUAAAAUAAAAAAUGUCAAAAAAGGUACCUCGUGACAGUGAUAUAUAAAAUAAUUUUAUUUAAAUAAUUUAAGGAAUAUAUGUUUUAUAUGCUAUUUUCUAUACAUUAAUUUAAAAAAGCUACUUUUUCUUAUUUCUCCCCAUCUUUCUGCCCCGUGUCCACAGGUCAGAAGAAAAAAAACGUAUCUGAUGUAUAAUCACAGCUAGAAUGUGAUGUAACACUUUCUGGAGUCAAGUUAUUCUUGAAGAGCAAAAAAUUGUUACACUGAUGAACUCUGUCACUGUGCCACAUACUGACGCACACCAGUGGGCCUAUAAGGCGUCAGACUACAUUUAGAGCAGAGGCAAAGGUUCUUGUACUUUUUAGGCUACUGUACAUGUUGGUUGAGUUGUUUUACCAACUAUUUAUGAAGAAAUGUGAACGCAAGUUUUGACUGAAAUUAAAACACGUCAUGAAAAGCGA